GUUUACAAUGCUCAUAUCUGUAACAAUCUAGGAUCUGCCUACUAAGAAUGGGGCUAUCCACAGUGGGCUAGGCCCUCCCAAAUCAAUCAUAUAGCAAGACAGUCUCUCUUAGAGUCGUAGCCGUAAGCCCUGGGGACCCCAAGCAGCAGGGUUCCUCGGGGCUGGAAAGCGCAGCACAAAUUACAGGCUAUCCAGCACACCCCGUGUCCCCUGGUGCUCCAGGUUGUGAUGGUGGCUGUACAGUCACCAGAGACAGACUAGCCCCGUGCCUGGAGAGCUCUUCCAGUGUGAACCGCGCCGCUAACCAUCUACCCACACACCAAAGACGAAGCCAUAAAAUGCUCUAGCCCAUCCCGCGCACGCGCAACUUCUACUAAAUUUAUACUGUCCGACUCUCGCGUAAUCUCUCGGCCGCACAUGCUCUCGAGGCCCUGGCACUUCGGGAGAGUCAGGUGACCCCGCGACUCCGCCCCACGGCUUCCCGGCCGGCCUCGCGCAUGCGUGGUGCGGCCGAGGCGGCUCGCGCGCGGCUUGAGCAGCCGAAACGAUGGGGCUGAAUCGGGUGCGCGCGGUCUUCUUUGACCUGGACAACACGCUCAUCGACACGGCCGAGGCGAGCCGGAGAGGCAUGAUGGAGGUGAUAAAGCUCUUACAGUCAAAAUACCACUACAGAGAAGAGGCGAAAGUCAUCUGCGAUAAAGUUCAAGUUAAACUCAGCAAGGAAUGCCUUCAUCCUUACAGUCCCUGCAUUACAGACGUGAGGACUGCACACUGGGAAGAAGCCAUCCAGGAGACCAAAGGUGGUGCUAACCAUCGGAGAUUGGCAGAAGAAUGUUAUUUCCUGUGGAAAUCUACGCGUUUACAGCAUAUGACCCUAGCAGAAGACGUCAAAGCCAUGCUCGCCGAACUUCGCAAAGAGGUCCACCUACUCUUGUUAACGAACGGUGACAGACAGACCCAGAGGGAGAAGAUCGAGGCUUGCGCCUGCCAGUCUUAUUUUGAUGCUAUUGUUGUAGGAGGAGAGCAGAAAGAGGAGAAACCAGCACCUUCCAUAUUUUACCACUGCUGUGAUCUCCUUGGGGUGCAGCCAGGGGACUGUGUGAUGGUUGGCGACACACUAGAAACCGACAUACAAGGAGGCCUCAAUGCGGGACUGAAAGCCACGGUCUGGAUAAACAAGAGUGGGAGGGCGCCGCUGACUUCAUCCCCCAUGCCUCACUACAUGGUCUCCUCCGUGCUGGAGUUACCUGCUCUCUUACAAAGCAUAGAAUGCAAAGUCAGCAUGUCUGUGUAACACAGAGAAGAACACAGCAACCAAGUGCAGAGCCACUUACAGGGUUAGAACUAAUGAACACCAAGGCAUUCUGUGUUUGGUUCAGCUCUAAGAGUGUGAGUGAGGGAUUCACUGCUAUGUUGUGAAGAGCCUCCCAACCCUGCUGCUGUUGAUAGCCAUAGGCUGUAUUCAUAUCUGAGAUCCAGGUUUUUUGUGUAGUCCAGAAAACUUGAAGAAGGCAGGGUAGCUUACAUGUGGAUAUGCAUGUACUGGUUUAUAGCAUAGAUAUUUUUUUUAAAAAAUAGAUAUUCUAAAAUAGAUAUUCAAGCAACUGAAUUGGGUUGGUAUAAAUACUAAAUCAUACAAAUCAAAGCAUUUCAUAGUGAAAUUUUGCAUAUUUUACACACAUUUUUUGUUAAUAUUUUGCCUACUUUCAAUGUGAAUGUUCUUAUCAUCUAAUUUUUCUGCAUGAUUUUUGGACUAAAUUUUCUGUGGUGUGAACAUGACAAAUUGUUAUAAUUUUUAAAAGAAAAACUAUUAAAAAUGAACCCUUGGUGCUCCUUUUCCAUGCCAUUUUCAUACUUCUAGAGUGAGCUUGUGACUUCCAUAGUCUUCAUUCCUAAAGAGUAAAAAUUACCUAUUUUCGGCACACAGUAGAGAGGACUGGGCAUCGUGCUUAGGUUAAGUGCUGGCACACAACACCGAAAGGCUCUAUGGAUCCACAAGAAGAGAAUUGCCUCCAUGUGUUCUAACCAGGCAGCCUCCCUCCUGGUCUGACCUCUGGUGACCAGAUGACCACACCAGCAGAGAAAGUUAGGUGUUGAAAGCUUGGUGUGGUGGUGCACACCUUUAAUCCCAGCAUACAGUCAGCAGAGGCAGGUGGCUCUCUGAGUUCAAGGCUGCAUAGUGAGAACCUGCCUCAAUAAAUAAAGAAAGAAGAAGAAAGAAAAUCAACUUGGAUGGCU